CUCCCUUCCACACCUCCUGCCUCCUCAGAGGCAAGAGCAGCAGUGAGACAGAAAAGGAAGGAGAGGUGGGGGCUGGGACCACAGCCUCCCACCCUUCGCAAAGUGUCCAAAGAACACAGGACGGCUCGUGAAGAUGGGAACUAUACAAGAAACAGGAAAAAAGACAUUGGAAGUAGGGGCUGGGGAGAAGGCAGGAGCUGCAGAGCCAGGAGCCGCCCUGAGACUUGGAGAGCUGGUGCUGAGGGAAGAAUGGCAAGAUGAAGAGUUUCCUAGAUUGCUUCCUGAGGAGGCUAGCCCGUCCGGAGAUCCCGAAGACCCUCACAGAGACUCACAGGCAGGUACCCCCAGCACCCUGGCCCUGUGUGGCCAGCGCCCUAUGCGAAAACGUCUUUCUGCCCCAGAACUGCAGCUGAAUCUGACUGAGGGAGCAGGGGACACCGGAGCUUCUCCCGCCCACUCGGAAUCUUCCUCUUCCGGUGGCAGCUUGGACCUGGAGGUGGAUGAACUGGAGACGCCUUCAGACUCUGAGCAGCUGGACAGUGGACAUGAAUUUGAAUGGGAAGAUGACUUGCCUCGAGCAGAAGGCCUGGGGGCCAGCGAGGCAGCUGAAAGGCUGGGCCGGGGUUUUGUGUGGGACGUGGCUGGAGAAGACGGUCAUCGCUGGAGGGUGUUCCGAACAGGACAGCGAGAGCAGCGAGUGGACAUGACCAUCAUCGAGCCCUAUAAGAGAGUGCUGUCUCAUGGAGGUUACCAUGGUGAUGGCCUCAAUGCUGUCAUCCUCUUUGCUUCCUGCUAUCUACCCCGAAGCAGCAUUCCCAACUACACCUAUGUCAUGGAACACUUAUUCAGGUAUAUGGUGGGAACUUUGGAGCUGCUGGUAGCUGAAAAUUAUCUGCUUGUUCACUUGAGCGGAGGCACAAGCAGGGCCCAAGUGCCGCCUCUGAGCUGGAUACGCCAGUGUUACCGCACCUUGGAUAGGAGCCUUGGGGAGCUGGCCCAACUCAUCUCCCUAGACCAAGUCCACAUCCCUGAAGUUGUCAGACAGCUGGACCAGGAUCUCCACGGCUCAAGAGGCACUUAACUCGAACUGGACAAAGGGCCAUAGAAUCAGGCCAAGAUGGUGAUCGCUCUGCACACUGGAGCUGUUCUGUAAACCAUCUCAUCCUGAACCAGGCCCCCACCCCUGUUCCACUGGAUCCUCGCUUCCCGGUGGAUACUCUCUUCUGGACACUGCCUUCAAGCUGGGUUUUGAGGGUGGGAACCCCAUACGUGGGGUGGCUUGCAUUUCGGCUGUCAGGAAGGAAGAUGUGGUGUGGCCACGGAAGUGCAGAGCUCUGGGUUUUAAUUCUGCUUUAACUAUAAAACGUGUGGGUCUCAGUUUUCUUCUCUGUAAUCAAAACCUCUGGGAUCCUUCCCAUCUUGGUCAUCUUAGCGGUCUUUUGAGGGGAGGUGGUGGUGGUGGGGAAGGUUAAGGCUUAACCAACAACCACAGCCAGCCUGUCUGCUGGAUCCCAGGAGCCAGCUUGCAAAAUCUUGAAGAGCCAACCCCUUCUUAGUCUGCUGCCUGUGAUCCUGGGAAGGAUUGCUGUCGUAGCCCAUGCUUUGACCCUUGUUAGCAAAGUCAGACCUGUGGCCUUUAAUAAACUGUGGUGAGAGAUUGAAGUCGAA